GCCGGCCGCUGGGGGCAGCAGCGCUCCUUUACCCGAAGGUUCCGUAGAAGAAGAGCCGCACCGCCUUCGCUGUGUUGCUGAAACAAACUCGUAAAUAAUUAAACUCGGACUUAUUUCACAGUGAAAUAAAGAUUGUUCCGCGUCGGACGGCCACAGCGGAGGAUUAACGGGCGUUUGGCGGCGGAACCGCGGAGUGUUCCCGCGGAUCUGAGCUUUAAAACGGUUUGGUUUGCUAGCCUGUGGCUAACGGAGCUGCUAACUUCCUCGGUGUUUCCUGCGGCUGCGUCCCCGGCUUCACUGCACACAUGGGCCGCGGAGACGGACCCAUGAGGGGAAGACCUCCUGUCGGACCUCCAGGAGAAGACGUACCUCCAUUCGACAUUGGCCCGCCGGGAUGGGGCCCUCCUCCGCCAGGAGGCUGGGGCCCUCCUCCUCCCGGUGGUUGGGGUCCUUUGCCACCUGGAGGAUGGGGUGUGAGAGGACCCCCUCCCCCAGACUGGGAUCCACGAGGACCCCCUUAUCCUGGUUGGGGCCCAAGGGGCCCCCCACCUCCUGAUUGGGAUCCAAGAGGGCCCCCAGGACCUGAUUGGGACCCCAGAGGACCCCCUCCACCUGGGUGGGACCCCAGAGGACCCCCUCCGCCUGGUUGGGGGCCUUGUCCCGAUGACUGGGGGCCUCCUCCAGACUGGGAGGGACCCCCGGGCUGGAGAGGUGGACACGAUGGCUGGGGUCUGGGGGGUCCACCUGAGCCAUGGGGACCAGGGCCGGUCCCGUGUAUUCCUCCAGGCCCUAUUCCUCCUGGACCUAUUCCACCCGUUCCUGUUGGACCUGUCCCCCCGGGUCCGGUUCCACCCGGCCCUCCGCCAGGUCUACCCCCGCCAGGUCUACCUCCGCCAGGUCUUCCUCCGCCAGGUCUACCCCCUCCGGACCCUGCUGCUAUCCCGCCUGUGCCGCCUCCAGGGUGCCUGCCUCCGUUUGGGUUCCCGCCUUUCCCGGUCCCCGUUUGGACCGCAGAGCCUGUGGUGGAGGAACCCAUGGUGAACCCGCCCCCCGAUCAGCCUGAGUGGAUCAAAGCUCUUAUUUCUGCUCCGCCCGGUGAAUCGACUCCUGCUGAGACCAAAAAAGAACCUGAAACGUCUGCCGUCACCAAGGCUCCGCCCCCUGAUCCCGCCCCUGCCCCCGCUGCUCCUGCCGCCCCUAAACCUGAAGCCAGGAAGACGGCCAAAGCCCUGGGGCUGCUGGGGAAGCGCACCUUUGAAAAGCCUCCUCCCGGCAGAUCCACGGGGAUCAUCUCCUUCAUCGGGCCCACGUUCGGCUACAUCGAGAGGGAAGAUCUGGAAAAGUUCCAGUUCAGCUUCGAAGUCUUCUUUGGAAACCCCAAAGCCAUGAAGCCUGGAGUCCGUGUCCACUUCACCGCGUGUAAAGAGAAGAACCGGGCUGUAGCCACAGAUGUCAAGGUGGCGCCAGGUGGAACCGAGAACGUGGAACCGGAGAUCUACGAAGCUGUGGUCAGCAAAGCCAUCGAGGAGCCUCAGCCCGGCGAGCGGCAGUACCCCGGCCAGGUGUUCGUGAACCUGGGCAUGGUGCGCACCAACCUGAAGUUUGAAAGGAAGGACAGCACGGUGACGCUGCUGAAGAACGACCAGGUUCUCAUCAACGUGCUGAACGACAUCAUCACGGAGAAACGCAGAGCCACCAACAUCAAACCCAAGAUCCCCGCCACCUUCAGCUCCACCGGAGAGACCAGGGAGAAGGGCGUCAUCAUCAGUCUGAAGGACAACGAAGGCGUCAUCAAGUCAGAGGAACACGGUGAGCUUCAGUUUGAGAGCAGAGAGAACCUGAGCGAUGUGGAUUUUACAGAGGAGGACAUCAACGAGGAGGUGGAGUUCACGGUCAUGAUGCUGAGGGCCGGGAAGCGCGCCAUCAGGAUCAAACGACAGAACGAGCCCCUCCUCCUCACCCUCUGCGGCGCCCCCGACGGAACGGAGAAGGUGAGCAGCGAUGAGGAAAAGGUCUCCGUCCAGCCCAAGGAGACAACGUCCGACUCCAAGGUACCGAUGGAACCACACAUGAUACUGGACCCGGAGCUGUACGAGGGCAUCGUCAGCCAGACCAUCAUCGAGCCCAAGGGCAAUGUUCCCGGGUAUCCGGGUCAGAUCCACGCCAACAUCGGGCCCAUAAAGACCAACGUUACCUUUAACCACCAGGACUGUAGAGUGACUCUGCUGAAGAACGACCACGUGCUCAUCAACCUGCUGGUCAACAUGCUGAACAACAAGCGGCGGGCUGCCAACAUCCAGCCCAAAAUCCCCUUCACCUUCACCUACACCAAGGAGAUCAGAGAACUGGGUACCAUCGCCUCGCUUGGCGACAAGGAGGGUGUCAUAAGGUCGGACAAGCAUGGCGAGAUUCCCUUCGACAUCUGUGAAAAUUUCAGCAAUAGAGAAUUCAACGCCGAUGACGUCGGGGAAGAAGUGGAGUUCACAGUGACCACGGACAAACCCGACAAGAGAGCCAUCCGGCUCAGAAGGAUGAGGAGGAACAAGGUGGAUAAGAUCCUGCAGGCGCAGAAGAAGCGGGAGGAGGAGGAGCGGAAGAAAAAAGAGGAGGAAGAGAGGAAGAAGAAGGUUGAGGAAGAGGAGGAGGAGAGAGAGGCAGAGAGGAAGAAGAAGGAGGUGGCUGCCAUUCUGGCUGCUGCCAAGGACAAGUGGACUCCAUUCGGCUUCAGAUACAGAGACUCGGACUCCAUGUACGACAUCAGCAAAGAGCGGUUCGAAGGCACCGUCCUCAGGGCCAUUUCCAGAACUGCUCCAAAGGAGGUGCAGCAGGAAGAGGAGCAGAAAGGAGUCGCUGAGAAGGGGAAAAUGGAUGAAGAGGAGCAGCAGGAGGAGCAGACAGAGGAGAAGAUUAAAAAAGAGGUGGAAGAGGAGGCAAAAAAAGAGGAGGCAGAGGAAGAGAAGAGCAAGCCAGAUGAAGCUGCAGGAAAAGUAGCUUCAGAACCUGAAAUGGGUCGACUGGUGAUGACCAUCAACGGCAACCAGAAGCAGCUCUCCUUCGGCCCCAAUGACCUGCUGACGACGGCCACCAUUCUGGUCGGAGACAAGGUGCGCUUCAGCCUCGCCACGCACCGGGAGACCAAAGAGGAGCGGGCGACCUUCCUUGAAAUUCUUCCCGACUGCUUUGAAGAGUCCAUAGAAAAACGUCACCAUGGCAUCGUGAUCGAGUUCUCUGAGGACUCUGGACUCAUCAAGUGUUCGGAGAACCCUCAGCUCUUCUUCCUCAUGUCAGAGGUGAUAGAGAAGAAGAGGCUUGAGCUGAACGAGAAGGUCGAGUUCAGCAUCGUUCCGCACCCAACAGCAGAAGGGGGGAACCAAGCUAUCAGGAUCAAACGGUUUACUGAGAAGGCUUUCCUCCCGGUUCGGAAACUCGGCGGUGUGUGUGCCAGCAAAGGGAAGAUGACCAUCAAGCUGACUAAACCAUCUGAAGGCACUGAAGACCGGAAACAAGAGGCAGACAAACUGAAGGCGGUAGUUAAAAACCUACGAAAGGAUAACAGCGUCUCUCAGCACAAACACACCCGUAGCAGGAGCCGGAGCAGGAAUAGAAGUAAAAGUAGGAGUCCGCCAAGAGAUCAGUUUGGCCGCGUGGUGAAAAAGAGUGGCAGCUCGAGCAAAGAGCGCGAGCGCAGCAGCAGGUACAAGCGCAGCCGAGAGAGGUCACUCAGGCGCUCCAGGAGUCGCUCCAGGAGUCGCUCCAGGAGCCGGAGCCCCAGAAAGGCCAGAGAGAGAAGCAAAGACAGGGCUUCCAAGAAGAGCAUCAGAUCCAGCAGAGAGCGAGAGGAAGGUCAUCGGAGAAGGCGGGAGCCGAGCUCUCCACCACGGCGAGGCGAAGUCGUAGAUAGUGAGCUAGCGAGAAAGAAGCGGGAGCUGGAGGAGCUAAAUGAGAUGAUCGCCUAUAAAAAGACCCUGGUGGAGUUGGAGCCCAGGGGCCUGGAGCCUGGAGGAAGGACCUGCAUAGACUACGACCACGGUAGGAUAACUAUGCCGCGGUCCAUUCUGAAGAAGCGAGCAGAAGAACCAGACUACAUCCGCCCUCCUUACGACGAUCCGUAUUAUGACCGACUCUACGGUCCGUACGGGGCGGGUCGCCGGUACGGUGAGCCCCACGGUGACCCGUACGCUCAUCUGUACGCAGAGCGCCCUUACGGCGAGCGUCCUUACGACAGCCGGCUCUAUGGGGAGCCUCCCUGUGGCGGAGCGCCUUCUACCAGCCAACGCUACACUGAUCGAUACGACGUAUACAACGAGCAUUAUGACGAUCCUUUCUACGAUCCAGCGUACAGAGAACGGCCUUAUGAUCCCUACCCUCCAGACAAGCGAAGCAGGUCUCCAGAACCUCGUGGGUCUUCACCUCCUUCCCAGUCCAGCCAGAAUCCCAACACUUCUACCAAAGCUGCCCCUUCCUCCCCUCAGUCCACCUUCAGACCUCCUUCCCCCGUAGAUUCUCCUCCAAGAAGCCCUUCUCCCAAACGAAGACUGACAACGCCACCGCAGUCUCCACCAGCCGAGAAACCCCCUCUGGACCGCUUCCUCGACAUGCUUAACAAGAAGGUAGUCGCUGAGAAGGCUGCGGGACCGGCACACGAUGCCGACGAUCUCCUGCCCCAUGAGCGCGCUCUACAAGAUGGCAAGGGCUUCUCCCGCAUUCUAGGUUUGCCGCAGGAGCCCCCCUGCAGCAGCAGUGUAGCCCACGAAGCAGAGAACAAGCAGCAAAGGUCCAAGCAGCCUUCAGUUGAGAGAACAAGUGACGAUCAGAAGGCAGAACCCUACGAUAAGAUCCAGAGUCUGCUGCGUUCAAUUGGCCUCAAGCUGAGUUCUGGAGAGGCUUCCAAACUGGCCAGUCAGGCCAAGGAGAAAGCCUUCAGCUCCAAGUCCGCAGCGGCUGAAAAAGAGACGUUUCCUUCUGCUAAAGAAGAGUUGAGGAGCAGCAGAACCGGCUCUGUGGAAAUGGAUCAUAUCCAUUCUCCGUCCCCUGUGAGAUCUUCCAGUCUUGAACCGCUCAGCAGACCAAAGUCGGUCAAAUCAGAGUACGACGAGUUCUUUGACCAGCAGGACUUGAAAGUACUGGAGGCCCAACAUCUGCAGAGUCGUACCAAGACGACGGGCAGCGCACCAGCCACCGUCUCCUCUCCGAAACCUCCUCCUGGGCCUCCUCCUGCUCACUACAAACAUCCAACCCCGCCACUAAACUGGCCACUGGGGAUCAUCUCCCAGGUCUCCCCAACUCAAACCUCUACACCUAACAUCCCUGGCGCUGCGGCUCCACCUGCCGCCGCCCAACACCAGCACAGACUGAUGCGUCCUCCAGGACCUCCCCCUGGUCCUCCGCCACGACGUCCGCCGCAGCAUCCUCCUGGACCUCCCGCCCAGCAAUCUCCUUUCACGCCCACCGCCACUCAAACAGUCCAACACUUUAUUGGACAUGCCAGUUCGACUGCAGCUGCCAGUGCACCUAGUCCCUUACAGCCCCUAGCCCCCCCCACAGUGACCACGGCAGGCUCCAGUCCUGCAAGCUGCGACCAGUCAGCCAUGUCUGCAACGGUGGCGCGGUGCCUGAAUUUGAUAGAGACCGUGAAGUCUCUGAGCGCCCAGCCACUCACUAAGGCCGGGAAGUCGGUCCAGUUCAGUUUGCCUUCAACGCCUCAGUCCUUCUCCAGCUCGCCGUCCUCACUGGAGACCGACGAGGACAUAAAGGCCAAGCAGAAGGAGAAGCUGGAUUUGUAUAACCAGCGGAUUCUGGAGAAGAGAGAGAAACAGUACAAGGAGAUGCUCAUCCUCAAGAGACAAGGAGAGAAGAGCAAAGAUGCUCAGCUGGGCUCGUCAGGUAAACCAGUCAGUAGCGAGCCCAAGAACGUUUGGAUCUGUGGUCAUUCACUUGUGUACUGGGCUGAGUCACGGGCCAAAUCUCCAGAGGUAGGUAUGCAGCUGGGCAUGGACCCCAGCAAGGUGACAAUCUGGUGGAAGGGUGUCCAGGGCAUGACGUGGUCUCAGCUGUUGCCCCAGCUCCAUCAGCUGAAGAUCACCUGGCCAAACCCAGACAUCCUUAUUAUUCACCUGGGGGGAAACGACCUGAGCACCGAGAGCCCCACUAACCUGCUAGCCUCUGUGAAGAAGGACAUGACCUCCAUAAGGAGCAUAUUCCCGCACUGCCUCCUCGUGUGGUCCAACAUCCUCCCUCGGAGGGUGUGGCGCCACUCGCCGGACAGCCAUGAAGUCGAUCUGGUGCGCACCACAGUGAACCGUAGAAUCCACAACAUUGUCUCAGAGCUGGGGGGCACCUCGGUGAAGCAUGAUAACAUUCGGUGUGGCACGAACACGGGCCUGUACCGGGGCGAUGGCAUCCACCUAUCUCCUAAAGGCAUCGACGUUUUCAAUCUAAACCUGCAGGAUUUUCUGGAGAAGUGGGAGUUGGAGGUAAACUCCCAGAAGAGUUCAGACAUGUAGGAGUUAUUUUGUCCUUUAAAGUGUUUCCUGUCCAGCAGUAGCUAGCUAGUUGAGUCCAGCUGGAGUUGAUGCUCCAUUAAUGCUCUAUAUGUUUGUAGGUUAGCAGCAUAGAAAUAUCUCCUUAAAUGUAAGCAGAAAAAUUCUCUUCUCAAUAAAGAUCAUUUUCUAGACAAAUUUA